AUGGCUGAUAAGAAGCUACCGGAGGUCGACCUGGUGACCCGCAUGCAGGUCGACGACUCCGUUGUCGGAAACACCGAGAUCGAUGAGUCGCUCUACAGUCGCCAGCUUUAUGUGCUGGGCCACGAGGCCAUGAAGCGCAUGGGCGCUUCCAACAUCCUCAUUGUCGGUCUCAAGGGCCUGGGUGUCGAGAUCGCCAAGAACAUUGCCCUUGCCGGCGUCAAGAGCCUCACACUCUACGACCCCGGUCUGGUCGCCCUCGCCGACCUGUCCUCACAGUUCUUCCUGCACCCCGAGGAUGUGGGCAAGCCCAGAGACGAGGUCACCGCCCCGAGAGUCGCCGAGUUGAACGCAUACACCCCCGUCAAGGUCCACCAGUCGUCAAGCCUGGGCGAGAACCUCUCCCAGUUUGACAAGUACCAGGUCGUCGUCCUGACCAGCCUGCCGCUGAAGCUGCAAGCGCUGAUUGGCGACUACUGCCACUCCAAGGGCAUCUACGUCGUGGCCGCCGAUACGUUUGGUCUUUUCGGUUCGAUUUUCUGCGAUUUCGGCGCCGACUUCACCGUCAUCGACCCGACCGGCGAGGCACCCUUGACCGGCAUCAUUGCGGGCAUCGACGAGGAGGGCCUGGUUUCGGCGCUCGACGAGACCCGCCACGGCCUCGAGGACGGCGACUAUGUCACCUUUUCAGAAAUCGAGGGCAUGGAGAAGCUCAACGGAGGCGAGCCGCGAAAGAUCACCGUCAAGGGCCCGUAUACCUUUUCCAUCGGCGACGUUUCCGGCCUCGGCCAGUAUGUCCGCGGCGGCCUGUACCAGCAGGUCAAGAUGCCCAAGAAGAUCAACUUCAAGAGCUUCUCUGCCGCGCUCAAGGAGCCCGAAUUCAUGAUUUCAGACUUUGCAAAGUUCGACCGCCCCCAGCAGCUUCACCUCGGGUUCCAGGCCCUGCACGCCUUUGUGGAGAGCCAGGGCCGUUUCCCGAACCCCCUGGACGACACGGAUGCGACUGUGAUCUUGCGCUCCGCCGAGGCGUUUGCCAAGGCAGAGGGCGUCGAGGUGGAGUUUGACGAGAAGCUCCUCAAGGAGCUCAGUUACCAGUCCCUUGGUGACCUGAAUGCCAUGGCUGCCCUGUUUGGCGGAAUCGCGGCGCAGGAGAUCCUCAAGGCCGUCUCGGGCAAGUUCCAGCCCAUCCAGCAGUGGAUGUACUUUGACUCGCUCGAGUCUCUGCCAACCAGCUCCGCUCGCACCGCCGAGCUGUGCAAGCCUCUCGGCACCCGCUACGACGGCCAGAUUGUCGUCUUCGGCCGCGAGUACCAGGAGAAGAUUGCCAACCUGCGGCAAUUCCUCGUUGGUGCCGGCGCCAUUGGCUGUGAGAUGCUCAAGAACUGGGCCAUGAUUGGUCUCGGAACCGGUCCCAAGGGCCAGAUCACCGUCACCGACAUGGACUCUAUCGAGAAGAGCAACCUGAACCGUCAGUUCCUGUUCCGCCCCAAGGACGUUGGCAAGAUGAAGAGUGACUGCGCUGCCGAGGCUGUGCAGGCGAUGAACCCCGACCUGAACGGCCAUAUUGUGUGCCUCAAGGAUCGCGUGAGUCCCGAUACGGAGGAGACCUUCAACGAGGAGUUCUGGGGCAACCUCGAUGGCGUCACCAACGCGCUGGACAACGUCGAGGCCAGAACGUACGUCGACCGCCGCUGUGUCUUCUUCCGCAAGCCCCUCCUUGAGAGCGGAACGCUCGGAACCAAGGGCAACACCCAAGUCGUCCUCCCCCAUCUUACCGAGUCGUACUCCUCAUCGCAGGACCCCCCUGAGAAGGAGUUCCCCAUGUGCACCGUCAAGAGCUUCCCCAACAAGAUUGAGCACACGAUUGCGUGGUCCAAGGACCACAUGUUUGAGAACCUCUUUGUCACGUCUCCUUCCACGGUCAACCUGUACCUGACGCAGCCCAACUACAUUGAGGGCACGCUGAAGCAGGGUGGUAGCGCCAAGCUGACGCUCGAGACGCUCCGCGACUACCUCACAACGGACCGCCCGCGGACCUUUGAGGACUGCGUUGCGUGGGCGCGCAUUCUCUUUGAGAAGGAGUUCAACAACAAGAUCCAGCAGCUUCUGCACAACUUCCCCAAGGACUCGACGACGUCGACCGGCACCCCUUUCUGGUCUGGCCCCAAGCGCGCGCCCGAGCCGCUCAAGUUUGACGCCAACAACCCGACACACUUUGCGUUUGUCGUGGCGGCCGCCAACCUGCACGCCUUCAACUACAACAUCAAGUCGCCUGGCACCUCCAAGGACAUUUACCUGCGCGAGCUCGACAACAUUAUCGUACCCGAGUUCUCACCCGCCGAGGGUGUCAAGAUUCAGGCCAACGACAGCGAUCCUGACCCCAACGCCGACGCGGGCAGCUCCUUUGACGACAACGACGAGCUGCAGAAGCUCAUCAGCAGCCUCCCUUCGCCUAACGAGCUUGCCGGUUUCCAACUGCAGCCUGUGGACUUUGAAAAGGACGACGACUCGAACCACCACAUUGACUUCAUCACGGCCUGCAGUAACCUGCGCGCGGCCAACUACAAGAUUGAGCAGGCUGACCGCCACAAGACCAAGUUCAUUGCCGGCAAGAUCAUCCCGGCGAUUGCGACGACAACGGCGCUCGUCACGGGCUUGGUGAUUCUGGAGUUGUACAAGGUCAUUGAUGGCAAGGACGACAUUGAGCAGUACAAGAACGGUUUCAUCAACCUGGCGCUGCCGUUUUUCGGCUUCAGCGAGCCCAUUGCCAGCCCCAAGGUGGAGUUCAAGGGCCCCAACGGCAUUGUCAAGUUGGACAAGAUCUGGGACCGCUUCGAGGUCAACGACAUCACACUUAAGGAGCUGUUGGAGCACUUCGAGAAGCAGGGCCUCACCAUCUCCAUGCUCAGCUCCGGCGUCAGCUUGUUGUACGCCAGCUUCUUCCCUCCGGCCAAGCUUAAGGACCGCCAGAACCUGAAGCUGAGCCAGCUCGUUGAGACGGUGUCCAAAAAGCCCGUGCCGGCUCACCAGAAGGAGGUCAUUUUCGAGAUGGUGGCCGAGGACGUGGACGGCGAGGACGUUGAGGUUCCCUACAUCAAGAUGAAGAUGGCACUGAAGGGACUGACGACACAACAGGCCGGCAAAGUCACAGACUGGGUGAAGCCCAACGACAAGUCGGGCGAGUUCAAGCGUCAGCAGAGCUCGUUCCGCAACUUCAUCUCGCGCGAGGAGGGGGCCAAGUUUGCGCCUGAGAAGGGGCGGUAUCAUCUCUACGUCAGCUAUGCGUGUCCUUGGGCUUGCCGGACGUUGAUCACACGCCAGCUCAAGGGUCUCGAGGACUUUAUUAGCUAUUCUGUUGUUCAUUGGCAUCUUGGCGAGAAGGAAAAUAAGACCAACAACACAGGCUGGCGGUUCGUGACAAGCGACGAAAAGGACGUCCCCGGAGCCCGCGUCGUGCCCGACCCCGUCCCGGGCCACGAGUCCUACACUCACCUCCGCGACCUCUACUUCGAGUCGGAGCCGGGCUACGAGGGCCGCUUCACCGUGCCCGUCCUCUACGACACCAAGCUCAAGACGAUUGUCAGCAACGAGAGCAGCGAGAUCAUCCGCAUGCUCUACACGGAGUUCGACGACCUCCUCGACGAGCAAUACCGCAACGUCAACCCCUACCCCGAGUCCCUCCGCGCGCAAAUCGACGAGGCAAACGAGUGGACGUACGACAAGAUCAACAACGGCGUCUACAAGUCCGGCUUCGCCACCACGCAGGAGGCCUACGAGCGCAACGUCGUCGCCCUGUUCGAGGCGCUCGACAAGACGGAGGCGCACCUAAAGAGCACGGCGGCCGAGGGGCUGUAUUACUUUGGCAAGGAGAUUACCGAGGCCGACAUCAGGCUCUACGUAACCAUCAUCCGCUUUGAUCCCGUCUACGUGCAGCACUUCAAGUGCAACAUCCGCGACAUCCGCUCCGGGUACCCCCUCAUCCACAAAUGGAUGCGCAACCUGUACUGGAACGUGCCGGCCUUCAAGGACACGACCCAGUUCGAGCACAUCAAGUGGCACUACACAAAGAGCCACACCCAGAUCAACCCCUUCUCCAUCAGCCCCGUCGGCCCUCUGCCGCACAUUCUGCCCCUGGACGAGGAGGUGCCGGCCGCGAGCAAGUAG